CUCUUUUCUCUCCGCCAGGUCCUCUCGUCAGCCGAAUUGGGGAGAGAAAAAAGAAGGGAAGGGAGAGGAGGAGAGGGAGAAACUUCGUAAGGAUCCUAAACGAAGGAAGAUUUGCAAAAGGAGAGAGAGACAGAGAGAGAGGCAGGCCUUGGGAUGAAAGCCAAAGGAAAGGAUCCUACCGCCCGGCUGAUUUAAAUUCCCUCUGGCUGAGCCGCUCUCUCUGCAAAGGGAAGCUGUCUACAACCCGCCAAACUCGCUCUAGAGACUGAGCAGCGCAUGAGUUGUGUUUGGCGGUGGGGAGAGAAAGUCAAUAUGCUGGGAUGCCUCAGAGCGGAAGGAGAAACUCUGAUCAGAUGAAAAUAAGAUAGGGGACUGGCUGCCUCUGUUUGCGGUUGCCCAACCUCAAGGACAACAAAAGGAGGGCGAAGGUUUGAAGCCAGUGGGACAGAGCCCGUCCGACACUUUAGGAAAGGGAAUAAUAACACGCCCAAAUAACCUUUGUCUUCUACAUCUGUCUUUGCUUUUUUAAAAAAUAACUUUUUUAAAAAAAGAAAAAGUAAAACCGUCCGUGCAGCAAAAUCUUUGCAUUUUUAUCCUAUUUUUAACCAGUUUAUGGAAAUUUACUUAUUUUAAUUUCAUAUAUAUAUAUAAAUAAAGGCGUGGGUUUCCUUGCUUUUUAAAAAAGAUUUUUUUGUACAAAAAAGGGGAGAGCCCUCUCUUUUCUCUCUUUUUUCUUUAAAAAAAAGGAUAUUGAAAGAUAAUAAUCCUUUGUGGAUCUAGAAGCGGAGAGAUUGAGAGGCGGUCGGCGAUUGGGUUUCCUGGGUGUUAAAUAAUUAAUUUUUUAAAGCCGAGCUGGAGAGGAGGUGGCGGAAUUGAUUUCUUCGUGGCCCUCAUGAGAAGGGGGUGAGGGUGGCGAGAGAAAAACCAGCCUGAAAAAAACAUUGGUUUCUAUUCUCAUUUUUAUUUCCGCCUCACGUUUUUUCAGUAGUGCCUGACAGCCCCCGAAAACAGCAGACCCCAAAUUGUUGUCCCUCCCCCCACACACACUUUUAAGGUCUUUUACGGUAGCUUUUGAAAACGGGAAAGGCAACGUCAAGCAAGAUCCGGUUGGGAAACAGGAUAAAUUAAAAUAGGAAUCUCUCCCACCCGCUUUUUUAAAAAAGUGUUAACAUUUUCUACCAUUUGGGAGAAGACAGGGCAGGGCGGGCAGAGGACUUGUACCUAGCAAAAAUUGCAUUUUGUCGAGGCGACUAGAAAUUUGGGAAUUGCUUAUUGAUCCGGAGACAGAGAGAGAGAGCGGAGUUUCCCCUGCCAAACGCCAGAAUCAGUUUUCCUCUUGAGAGGCACAUUCCAACUUCAGCAGAAAGCGGAAAGGAAGCCUAUCAUUUGGGACUCGAGCCGACAGCCAGCCAGUUGGCUUGUCCGUGGUGGAUGCUUGGGGUUUUAUAAGGAAGGCCGCAGGAGGGGCAGCCCCGAAUGGAGCCCGGAGUAUCUGCAGAACCGUCAGCGAAGGGGGAGAAUGAGCCGGCCGAACCCCAAACCACCGAGGCCUCUCAGGAGGAGCAAGGAGUAGAGGACAUUGGCGCCAUGUGCGGGAAGGUGCCGGCGGCAAACGGGCAAGACCGGGAGGAGGUAUCGAGGGCCCCGGCCUGUGAGGAAACCCCCACGGGUGCCGGGAAGGGAGACAAAGGGCAGGAACCCGAAUCCCCGGAGUCUGCGGAGGCCGAAAAGCCGGAUUCCAAAGAGGGUCCGGGAGAGGAGGAACCGCUGGCGGGCGCUGCCUCUCUGCCAAGCAUCCCUGUCUCCAACCCAGCCGAUGCGCCUGCCGCCACCGAGCCACCUGGGGAGGCGGCUCCCGAGCCCCGGUCUUCUCCUGCCAGCCACCCCCAGCCGCCCGACUUCUACUGCGUCAAGUGGAUCAGCUGGAAAGGGGAGAGGACUCCGGUCAUCACGCAGAGCGAGAACGGGCCCUGCCCGCUGCUGGCCAUCAUGAACAUCCUUUUCUUGCAGUGGAAGGUGAAACUGCCUCCCCAGAAGGAAGUGAUCACUUCCGACGAGCUGAUGGCUCACCUCGGUGACUGUCUCCUGUCCAUCAAGCCCCAAAAACAGUCGGAAGCACUCCAGCUCAACUUUCAGCAAAACGUCAACGACGCCAUGACGGUUCUGCCCAAACUCUCCACGGGGCUGGAUGUCAACGUGAGGUUCACGGGAGUCUCCGAUUUCGAGUAUACCCCCGAGUGCAUCGUCUUUGACCUUCUCGACAUGCCUCUCUAUCACGGCUGGUUGGUGGACCCUCAGAUACCAGAGGUGGCUCAGGCCGUCAGCAAACUGACCUACAACCAGUUGGUGGAGAAGAUCAUCACCUGCAAACACUCGAGCGACCCUAAUCAGGUGACGGAAGGCCUGAUAGCAGAGCAGUUCUUGGAGUCCACGGCCUCUCAGCUGACCUACCACGGCCUCUGCGAGCUGACGUCCACAGUCAAGGAAGGCGAGCUGAGCGUCUUCUUCAGGAACAACCACUUCAGCACCAUGAUCAAGCACAAGAGCCACUUAUACCUCCUUGUGACGGACCAGGGCUUCCUUCACGAGGAGCAGGUUGCCUGGGAGAGCCUGCACAACGUGGAUGGGGACAGCUGCUUCUGCGACGCAGAGUUCCACCUCAGCCACGCCCUGGGCAAGGAGGCAGCCGGCGGUUCCCCGCAGGAUCAGCAGCUCAGCCAGAGACAAGUGGACCAGGACUACAUGAUUGCCUUGUCUCUGCAACAGCAGCAAGGGGGCCCUGCUCUCAGCGACUUAGAGCUCGCCCAGCAGCUGCAGCAGGAGGAAUAUCAGCAGCAGCAGCAGCAGCAGCAGCAACCGCCUGCCGCGGCCCCCCCUGCACAGGGGAGGACUCCACCGCCCUCCCGCUCCUCCGGAGAGCGCAGGCCGCGCCAGAAGCAGGAUUCGGACUGCGUCGUCCUGUAACGCAAAUCUGCGGGUGGCUCAGAGCACCCGUUUCCCAGCUGACAGAAGUCUGCCGUGGACAAGGACCGCCCUCUUCUAUUCGCCUCUUGCUCCCUUUACGUUUUUUUUAAAAAAAGACUGCUGUUUUUAAAAAGUCUCCCCAUUCUGGGGCUGAAACCAAAAUUAAAAGGGAAAAAAGAGAAACUAACCUUUGGGGGGGCGAAAACCCCAACAAA